CCCACUCUCAACUUGAAGAUUAAAGGCAAGAAAAGAAGUGAGAUGCAGAAGGAGUAGAGCAGGAUUGAAACUCUCCAUCAUUCACGCAAUCUCGCAUAAUUUUUCUCAGAAUUCUAUGUCAUUCAUCAAUAAUUAAAAUUACUCCUUCUCCCGAUCCAAGAUCCUUCCUCUUUCUUUAGCUAUACUCCAAUAACACCUGCACAUCAUAAAACAACAAGUCUCCGUUUUUGCUUCGACCAAGUCCGGAAAUCUAUCAGUAGCAGGUCAACUUCUCCGUUUGAAUUUUCUUUUCUUCUUGGGAUUUUAAAUUCGUUCUUCAAAGAUUAUCGAGCUUCAUUUCAGCAUUUAAUCUCACCUUUUUUUUUAGUGAAAGGCUACUGGAGGCGAUUUCUUGUGUUUGAUCGUUGAAUUGAGGAUUAAAGCUGCUGCGACUCCUUUUUUUGCAGCUGCUAGUCUAGUUUUGGAAGCCUUAUUCUAUUUAAGUACUGUGUGAUUUGGUGGUUUUGGCGAUCAUUUUUUAGAAGGUGGUUGCAACUAUGAAAACAAUAAGUAUGAAGAUUAGUUACUUCGUUUGAACUUUUCAUAAACCGCAUGUCCAUUAUAGAUUAUACCUGAUUUGGAAAGCCAUGAAUCUGGAUUCACCAAAGGGUGUUCCGGGAUUGGUCGCAUUACCGCGAUCACUUUCUUCUAUGGCAGCCUCAGUUGGAGGCCUUGCCAUUUUCUUGGUUCUUGGUUCUUUGCUUCUGGUUUCUUACCCCAUUGGCUCCACUGUCCGUGGGUAUUUUUAUGGUGUUGAUAACUCAAAUAAAUUGGCGUUGCCCGUCUUUCCUGGGAAUGAAAGCCUCCACAGUACUUUAGAUGUGAUCAAUAGUGAGUCCUCUUCUGGACUUGGUUUAGGAGUACCCAUUAGUUCUACUGGUGUUAAUUCUAGUGGUAUUAAUGGCAUAGAUAAGAAUAGUAGGACGUUGGAAUCUGAUCUACAAAUUCCCAAUGCCAAUGCCAAUGCCAGACAAGAAGAGGGGGUCAGGGAGAAGGGCAGUUCAGUUGCUUCUGGUGCUGAAGGAAAUGUUGUGUCUAAUAAUUCUGGUACUGUAGAUAAAAGAUCAGAUCAAACUAGCCCCGGUAUUUCUUCUUCAGAUUCCAAAUCAGAGGCUAAGCCAGCUUUAUCGGAUGUGUCCAGCAAUGCAACCCCGAUCAGUUCAGAUGAUUCUGGUUGUGAUCUGUACCAUGGAACUUGGUUCUUUGAUUCUCAGGGACCAUCCUAUACAAACAACACAUGCCCUGUCCUUACGCAGAUGCAGAACUGCCAGGGGAAUGGAAGACCUGACAAGGAUUAUGAGAAUUGGCGUUGGAAACCCUCUGAGUGUCAACUUCCACGAUUUGAUGCCAAGAAGUUUUUGGAAUUGAUGAGAGGGAAGACCCUAGCUUUCAUUGGCGAUUCUGUUGCCCGAAACCAGAUGGAAUCAAUGUUGUGCCUUCUCUGGCAGGUAGAAGUUCCCAAAAACCGUGGGAACAAACGAAUGCAGCGAUAUUUCUUCAAGUCAACAUCUACUAUGAUAGUACGAAUAUGGUCGUCUUGGCUUGUGCAUAAAACAUCAGAACCUUUUGACUUUGCUCCAGAAGGCAUUGUCAAGCUCCACCUUGAUGCUCCAGAUGAGGAUUUCAUGGAGUUCAUCCCAAGUUAUGAUGUGAUAGUUCUUUCUUCUGGCCAUUGGUUUGCCAAGCAAUCUGUCUAUAUCUUGAACAAUGAAAUUGUGGGAGGACAGCUGUGGUGGCCAGACAAGUCUCGUUCAAUGAAGAUCAACAAUAUUGAAGCAUUUGGAAUAUCUACAGAGACAAUUCUUACAUCCAUUGUUACCCAUCCAAAUUACAAUGGGCUGACCAUUUUGCGUUCUUUUUCACCUGAUCAUUACGAAGGUGGAGCCUGGAAUACUGGGGGGUCAUGCACUGGAAAGGUGAAACCUCUUGCUCUCGGAGAGUUGGUGGAAAAUGGCUUUACAGAUGUAAUGCACAAAAAACAGGUAACAGCUUUUGAUCGCGCAAUUAAGAAGGCAACAAAUAAGUCAAAGUUGAGGUUGAUGGAUAUCACUGAACCUUUCAGUUAUCGCCAUGAUGGGCAUCCUGGUCCAUACCGGAGUCUUGAUCCAAAUAAAAUCACAAAACGUGGACCAGAUGGAAGGCCCCCACCACAGGAUUGCUUACACUGGUGCAUGCCAGGCCCUGUUGAUACAUGGAAUGAAUUUGUCCUUGAAAUUAUAAGAAGGGAAUUUGAGGGCAAUCGAAGCACUUCCCUGUGAGAUUAUUGUUUUUUCUAUUGCCAGACAGCUUGCAUGCAUGUGCUUCAGACUGGAAGAUGAUUUGUUCAGUGAGAUUCAAUUUGUUGUAGGAUAAUUUUUCAGUGAGAUCCAAUUUACUGUAGGAUCAGGGUUAGCCUAGUUCUUUGAGAGGGAAAUAUAGAUGAAAUGGCUUUGGAAUUGAUCAGGAUAUGGGGUAUUGUAAGGCUUAUAAGGCUCCAUUAUGUUCUAUGAUCCAGAGUGGAUUCGUAUUUACUUGUAGAGCUAUUUGUUUGUAACGCGAUGACAAAUAAUUAAUGAGAAGUUUUGUUGUUUUUGAGUUUUCCUUA